GUCGUUCGGCUAAAUGGCGCUUUUAUGCUGAAGGAUUUUGUCCGGAAAUGUUGCUGUUGAGCGGAAAUAACAUGUUGUCGCCUCGUGUUUGACAGGGUGGUAUGACUGCAGUUAGCAAGAUAUACAUAGGCCUUUAAUCAGCACCUACAGUUCAAACGCUGUUACAUGUGAACUACUGAGCUUGGUGACACAUAUCAUCCAGUUUUACCGCUGUGUCUAGUACACACGUAUAGUAUGUCCUCCGUGGAUAGUGGGCCUGCAGAGCACGGCCCUGACACUGAGAGUGAUGUCCCCACUGGAGACAUCAUCACCGUCACCAUUGGAGCCACCGUGCCCACGGGCUUCGAGCACACUGCUGCAGAGGAGGUCAAGGAGAAGAUCGGAGUCGAUGCUCGUAUCAGCAAGGAUCGCGGGCGUAUAUACUUUCCAAUAACCACUGACAAGCUUUUUCAGGUUCAUCUUCUGAGGUCUGUGGACAACCUGUUUGUUGUGAUUGAGGAAUAUGAUCAUUACCAGUUCAAAGAAUCAAAGGAGGAGACACUGAUGGAGUUCCAGCAGCUUGCCUCUAGACUUCCCUGGACUAAUGCCUUAGAGGUUUGGAAACUGAAUCGCACCCUAAAAAAGAAGAAAGGCUAUCGGAAAGGAGGGACUGGCCCCAAGGCAAAGCCUAAUAGUGAGGUCAGUGAUGCAACUGUGGCUAACCCUGAGGAGCAAGCGCUACCUGAAGUGGCGUCAGCUGCUGAAAGCCAGACAGAGGCGGAGAGCAUGCCUGAUGAGGAGUCCAGCAUGCAGCACUCAGGGGAGGCAGCACCCGAGGCCAAGCUCAUCAAGUUUCGUGUGACGUGCAACAGGGCUGGAGACAAACACAGCUUUUCCUCUAAUGAGGCAGCCAGAGACUUUGGUGGAGCCGUGCAAGAAUUCUUCCAGUGGAAAGCUGACAUGACAAAGUUUGACAUAGAGGUGUUACUAAACAUACACAAUGAAGAGGUGGUGAUCGGCAUUGCACUCACGGAAGAGAGUCUCCACAGGAGAAACAUCAGUCACUUCGGACCCACUACUCUGCGAUCUACGUUGUGCUACGGCAUGCUCAGGCUGUGCAAACCUCAGGCAUCCGAUAUAAUACUUGAUCCAAUGUGUGGGACUGGAGCCAUACCCCUGGAGGGGGCCAUUGAAUUUAACAGUUCAUUCUACGUUGCCGGCGACAACUACGACAUGGCGGUCAACCGCACACUCAAUAACAUCUGCCACAUCCAGAAACGGAGGGCAGACAAGGGCAGUGCAUCUGGAUUGCCCAUUGACACAGUGCGAUGGGAUGUGUGCAGUUUACCCAUAAGGACCGGCUCUGUUGACAUAAUCAUCACUGACAUGCCCUUUGGGAAGAGAAUGGGCUCUAAGAAGAAGAACUGGGACCUGUACCCGUCCUGUCUGAGAGAAAUGGCCCGCGUGUGCAGACCGGGCUCGGGAAAGGCGGUCUUGUUGACGCAGGAUAAGAAAUGCUUUUCCAAGGCUAUCUCGAGGAUGGGGGGACUGUGGAGGAAGCUGCACACUGUUUGGGUCAACGUCGGGGGUUUACAUGCUGGAGUCUACCUCCUCAAGCGCACCGGGUUUGUGUUUGGCCAAACUCCGGAGGAUGUCCAUGAAUCACAAAGGACAGCUGAUACACAGGGGGACGAGAAGGACUAAUUCACAUCCUGCAUUUAAGUUCUGACUUUAGGAUUACCAUUAUUUAUAUUCACUUAAUUCCGGUUUCGUGCCAAGCAGUUUUAGCUUAUAAUUUCUGUAUUUCUCAUUUGGUUAAAUGUGAUAACUGGAAAGAGGAAAAACUGCUUUCAUGUUCAGCAGCAGUCCAAUGAUUCCCACACACUCUCUGUUUGACUGAAACCUGGUGAAUUACCGCACGCCUCAAACCCACUGUGACCACUUCUCAGAACUGCACUCUGUCAUUGGUCCUGAUUAAUAAAGAUUCAAACAAAACGUC